GCCGGGCCGCUCGACCAAUCAGAGAGGGCGGAGCUGAGGUUCUUGAUCGCCGAACGCGGGCCGCGUUGGAAAGGGGUCUCCGAGAAACUGGGAUUGUGAGGGAGCCCGUGCCCUAUAGGAGCCGCCUCUACAGAGCGGCGGAGCGAUGUCGGGGCCGACGGGAUCGGGCGCUGGGGAUGGGGCAAAGCCCCCUGCGCCCUCAGCCUCUCCCAUGCUGCCCGGCAGGAAGGGCCCCCAGAUCGCGGGUGCCCCAACUCCGGGCCGCCUCCCGUCCAUCCGCUCUCGAGACCUCACCCUGGGCGGCGUGAAAAAGAAAACGUUCGCGCCGAACAUCCCGGUCCGAAAAGUGAAUGAAAGACCCAGGGAGGAGGGCGGCCCGUCGCCCGGACGUGGCGCCAAGCCGAGGGGUCGCGAGCGAGGCGGCCCCCGUGACGGCCGGGGUCGGGGUCGAGGUCGCGGCGAGGUCAUCCAGUCUCACUCAAUUUUCGAGCAGGGUCCGGCUGAUGGACUGCGGCGCAAGACGGGCGGCUGGGAGGCUGCGCCCAAUCCCGCCCAGACUGGCCUCACCCCCAUCAUCAACAUCAAGAAGGAGAAGUGCGAGACGGAGGAGGAGACCAAGAAGUUGCUCAACAUGCUGGAGCGAGACGAUUUCGUCGAUGACCCGGGGCUCGUCAACGACCCCGGGAACCUGCCCAUCCAGCUGCCACUGUCCCACUCCGGAGACACGUUCCGCGACGAACCCUCCUGCAAGACCAAGGUGGAGAAGAUGGAGGUGGACCCGCCGCAGGCCGUCAAAGUCAAACAGGAGCCCGGCACAGAGGUGAAGGAUGAGGAGGGACGACCGGUGCUCGCUCCUCCGCCCCAUCUCUCCUCAUCCGCGCCGAUGACGGUGAGCCAGCUGCUGCGCCAGCUUCGCCUGCAGGAGGAGGAGGAGGAGGGCCGCGGGCCCGGCGGUGGCGAUGCCGCCGCCGACUCGGGGCUGCUGUUCCUGCAGCUGCCCGACACGCUGCCGGGACAGCCGGCGUCCCGCGGGGCGGGCGACGUGGCCGGAGCCGACGAGCGACCCAUCAAGCGGGAGAUCAAGACGGAGGACGGCCAGACGAUGCUGCUCAAGCAGGAGAAGGCCGAGGAGGCCGGCGGAGAGGGCGAUGGUGCCUGCACACUUCGGGACCUCUCCGAGGGCCAGGUGGGGCGGCUGAUUGUGCGCGCCUCUGGGAAGGUGCAACUGGUGCUGGGCACCGUCAAACUUGAUGUCGGCAUGGGAACCAACUGCUCUUUCUUGCAGGAGCUGGUGUCGGUGCGCCUGCAGGAGGGGCGCACGGGCGACGCGACGGUGCUGGGCCACGUGUGCCACCGUCUCAUCUGCACACCCAACUUCGAGAGCCUCCUUCACGGCCACAGCAGGGUUGGGACCUGACCUGGCCAGGGAGUUGGGACCUGACCUGGCCAGGGGGUUGGGACCUGACCUGGCCAGGGGGUUGGGACCUGAUCCUACUGACGGGUUGGGACAUUGGGGCCUGGCCUGCUGGUCGGUUCGGGCUGAGCCUGCAGGGUUUCUCACCAUUGUCCACAGUUCCACCAAUCUGCUCCUUUCGACUACGCUGGGCACUCCCCAUGACGAGGACCCAUGUGUGUGUGCGCGUGUUUGUACAAAAGCAGAUGGUACAAGGAACCAGUUAAGGCAAGUGCUGUUAGUGAACAGAUGAUAAUGUCAGCACGGUGUGCAAGGGGGAUGCCACCAUGACUGGCUGCCUGUCUUCCCCCCCCCCCACCUACUGUAACCGGUAUUAAAGUCGAGCCGAGUCAACUUAUGUCACUAGCCACUGAUGCUAUCCGUGGCCAGGAAUCAAACCAAGGUCGCUGGGUUUCGUAACACAGCGUGCUAACCACUGCACCACCGCUCCCGCUGAACGCACAUUCUCUGGGUUGCGCUGGACACUGUCAACAAAGAUCAGGCGCGUGCAGCCUGUGACACGAAUUACUAUUUGAACCGAGAAGACUGCAACGAGGUAGACUGGACUCGUGGAAACCCGAUGUGAAUGUACAGCAAGCGUGGAACCACUGUCGCGUCAACAGUCGAAGUUGGAGGGGUGACUGCUGAGAGAGUUUACAGAUAAAGGACGUUGGGAAUAGAAAUACUGUUAUUUAUUUAUGCAGCAAAGCCUCACCGUUCAGGAUCCUGCCAUUAGAACGUUUGGUCGAUUCCCUGCCCAUUUGAUUUGUGUGGGAGGAAACUGGAGUUUCUGGAGAAAGUCCAUCACUUUAGCCACCAACCCAAUGUGGGUUGUUGGCGACGGAGCAUAGGGCAAUCCACGAAUGGAUUUUUCCUGCAGUGACCUCUGCUGAUAGACACAGCACCAACCCAUCCACCUAUCGUUGCCCAGUCACCACACCUCCAGCGAGAGGCGUAGCAAUGCCGCCCGGCCAUGGCGUUCUCUGCCACGGCGUUCUCUGCCACGGCGUUCUCUGCCACGGCUCUGACGCUGCGACUGCGUGAGGCUGCAGAGCGGCGGCCGAGGCGAAUUGGGGCGACCACCCCGGGCCCUGCGCUUGACGUCACGCUGUCAGAUGCAGUGCUGCUGGUUAAGUUUGAAGGUGUGUUGGGGGUGGGGGCCUCUCACGGCCCUGCUGGCAGGGGGUGGGGGAGAUGGAGGGUGGAUUGAGGUGGUACGUGAAGGAGGGCACUGGACUCAAACUUCACAGAGCAGAGUUUAGAAAACAUUUCUUGAAAUGUUUUAUUUUUGUGUUACCGCAAAUAAAAAACCACAAGGCUA